UGUUUCACUUAGAUCAAAUGUGCGUCUUGUUUUUCAUAUACAUCAUUUUAUUGACACAAACGACACUUCUAGAGUUGCAGAGGAGUUUCCAGCGGAAUCCAAUUAUCCGGGCGAAACUCCUCUGCAACCACCAGCAGAACGUUCCGGUCUACUUUCCUCCUCAGUCCUCUCGGUAACCGCAAGUUCGACAGCAUGCGAGGCCCAAAGGAGGACAUCCAGAGUGACGCUCCCCCCUAUGAGGACCUGGACGACGAGGCUUUCCCUCCCCUCCCUCCACCUACUUCCCCAGGACAGCAGGAGGGGCGUGGCCUGUUGGCAGACGGGGAGGAUGGCGAGGUGUCCAGGCUGGCCGACGUCCCCGACACCAAGAGGAGGAGUGUGAAAAGACCGCGACCCAAGCUGGACUCUCAGAGGCUGAUUUCAGAGAAAGGACUUCCUGCUCUGCGCUCUCUGUUCCACAACGUUCACUUCAAAGGAAAAGGACACGAGGCUGAAGACCUGCGGCUGCUGAUGCAGAAGAUGGAGAACUGGGCUCACAGGCUCUACCCCAGGUUCCAGUUUGAAGACUUCAUUGAUAAGGUGGAGAAGCUGGGCGCCAAAAAGGAAGUGCAGACUUGUCUCAAACGGAUCCGCCUGGACAUGCCGCUGACGCACGAGGACUUCACGGAGAGAGACGGUGAAGAGGACAUCCCUCACGAAACCCACGACUUUAGAGAUCCCGAACUCUUCAGUAACCACACCCCACUGAACAAGGGGGAGGAGCUGAGCCACUCCACCCCAGCCCCCGCUGCCCCCUCCCUGACAGAGGAACAGCGCAGACGCAUGGAGCUGAACCGGCAGAGAGCCUUGGAGAAGAGGCUGGCACGGCAGCAGCAGCUUCAUGAUGCUGCAGACUCUCAGACCGCCGUCCUGGAUGAUCCCCCCGACCGACCCGAGAAGGUGGAGGAUCAGGAUCUCCAGUCCUCCAACUCCUUCACUCAGCUGUCAGUCACAGAGCCGGAAGCUUCCCCUGCAAGCCCCCAGCCCCCCCCUCAAGAACCUCCGAGUGUCCUGAAGCCGUGUGACCCGGAUCAGGAGGAGGUCCAGCCGGGACCUUCACCUCCAGCAGCGGAGGAGGAGGAGCAGGACCAUCAUGGAGACUCUUAAGGUGGAGUUCCAGCGUUGUUGAUGGACAUCUGUUAUCGUUUCUAUCGAUCACUGAUCAGCCGAUCGCUGGUUUAGCUGUUCAGAGGACUUUGUCGUUUUUAGAUCAAAUAAAGAUUCAAACAUA